AUGGAACAUCUCGAUCGUUAUCAUGCAAAAUUAUAUGCGGCAAAAUUAAUAGCAUCACUUGACGACAAUUUAAUGAAUUUUAAAAGUAUAAAUUUUAUGCCGUUAUCAUCAUCAAAAACAAAACGAUCGAAUAUGGAUUCUAAAUUAAACGAUUGCCAGGAUAUAAUUCCUGUCGAUCGAGAAGGGCAAUUAUUAAUGAAUAUUUCGUAUAGCAAUUGUUGCCGUCGAAUGAUUUAUCUCGAUUUUAGUAAUACACAGUUUAGUGGAUGGAAAAAUAGCCAUUACAGCAAUGUCGUCAAAGGGUAUUAUUGUUUCGGACGUUGUCCUUAUUACGGUGAACAAAUUUUCGAUUCUGAACCAAAAAAGCAUAUCUUUUAUGAUGAAUUUAUGAAUGCACAUUCCAAGAAGCUUGGCCUUUCACCAUGUUGCGCACCAUUGAAAUUUGAUCCACUUAUGGUAACUGUGAAAUAUGGAAAGUUCGUUCAUUGA